AUCUUCUCUUUUCCCUAUCAAGUGCAAUCUAUACAUUCUAAAUCAGAGCACACGCAGGGCUUCAAAUCUUCAAAAUUCCUUGCCAUCAUGAACGAAUGAUGAAGGAUCCAAAUACCGCCUAAUCCAACUUACUCAAAUUUCGUCAUAUGUAAUACGACACACUCAUCAGAAAUAUGCAUUGUCCCCGAUUUUUAUCGCUUAACCACAUCGAAAUAGUUGGAAAGAAAAGCAAUUUGUUGUAGACCUUUCCCAAAAGGUCAGUACCCGAUAAACAAUCGAGCUUGUAAUCCACAUAAUUAAGGAUCUAAAGAGAAAAAAAUGAGUUUCCGAAACCCGAGUGUGUUUGGGAUCUGUGGGAACCUGCUACUUGUUCUGCUUGUUUACGGAAUUUACGAGAAAAUCCGUCACUCUCAUUCCGUCCAUCGCGGUUUUUUCUGCGAUGAUCAAACUUUGAAGUACCCGUACAUCGAAGAAUAUGUCAGCUGGCGUGUGGUCAAAUUGUGGGGAUACAUUGUUCCCGCCAUUAUCAUUCUCAUAGGAGACGCCUUUGUGCCCAUCCACCCGCAUAAAACCUUCCUACAACGCCUCCUAAACGCUGGCAAUGUCUACCUGGUCUUCUUGUUCGGAAUGUACUCGACCCAACUCAUUUAUGAGUGGAUCAAAAAGAACGUGGCUCGUCCUCGUCCGCAUUUCUUUGACGUUUGCCAACCGGUCUAUGACGAAAAGGCCUGUUUCCGUGGCGAAUACAUAUGGGAUUUUACUUGUGCGGGCAAUGCCGAAUUGUUCUCCGAUAUGGCCGAAAGACUCGAUAAGGUGGAGGAAGUCCAGGAAAGCUUUGUGUCCGGUCACACUACCUUCUCAUUCUCCAUAGCCACUUUUCUGCUCAUCUACCUGAAUUCUCGCUUGAUGUGGAAGCGGGUCCCCGCUUCCAAUCUGGCCUUGAUGUUGGUGCAGAUCGGGAUCAUUUGCACGGCCUUGUUUUUUUCCAUCACUCGAUUGGUGGACCACCACCACCACGCUUCCGAUAUCGUUGCGGGAUCGGUGAUUGGCACCCUGAUUCAGCUAUAUGUGGCUUACAUGAGUAACGCCUACUUGGCGCCAAAUUAUGACGAGAUCUUCGAAGAGGAGCAAACGCCCUUAAUUCGAUCGCAACCACCGUCAUAUUCUUCCCUUCCGUAAACUGAGAAGCGGGUAUACGUAUUGAUGAUUUUGGAGGGAUAUGUUUUUAUUUGGAACUUUUGAGAACUUAUGGGGAGGAUGAUUUCGAUGACAAAAUAGGACAUUGCCUGGAUUAUGUUGGAACGGAAUGUUUCUCAAAGGCUGUAUCUGACUUGGACUUACAACUGUUUAGAGUGACACCUUCUCAAUGGUACGAUUUAUCCCGAUGCUCGUGACGUAUCACGUCAAGAAAUAAAUUAAUAACAAUAAAUAAGAUAAGAUUAUU